ACGACCAGGAGAAACGUGACGUAGUGAGAUGGGUUCGUCAUGUGGCUGAGCGGGUUCGGCUCAGAUCCAACACGUCAUCAAGUCCAGUCGCUUCACAGAGAAACUCGAGCAGGAUCAGAUUCAACCUGUUUCCCCCCCACCUGGUGCCUGGUGUGAGACAGGAGGCCGUGAGACAGGAGGACGUGAGACAGGAGGACGUGAGACAGGAGGCCGUGAGACAGGAGGACGUGAGACAGGAGGACGUGAGACAGGAGGACGGGAUGGAGUCCACCGAGAGCCGGUUCGCUCACCUGCUGCAGCCCAUCAGAGAACUCACCAAGAACUGGGACGUGGACGUGGCGUCGGAGCUCAACGACUACUUAGAGGAGUUGGAUGAAAUGUGCAUCACGUUCGAUGGAGGAAAGUUCCGCCUGAACUUUGCCGAAGCUGCGCUGCUCAUCCAAGGCUCCGCCUGCAUCUACAGCAAGAAGGUGGAGCUGCUGCACAGCCUCGUUUAUCAAACUCUGGAGUACAUCAGCGACAGGAACAAGAAACGGAACAAACAGUCGUCCGGGUCCCAGGAGGACGACGCAGCAGCGGGUAGUCGUGACGAGGAUGAAGACGAGAAUGUGUUCACGACCCUGGAAAUCCAAGUCACAGAAACCACACAGAAAACCAGCGUCGACAAGACGGUGAACGUGAUUCCUCUUCCUCCUGCAUCUCUGAUUCCUCCUGAAACUCACGAGAAGAACAAACUUCCUCUCAUCAGUCUGAAAGGCGAGGUGCUGUGCAGUCAGAAGGAUUUCAGGAUGAACUUGUACAUCCCAGGAAACAGGGACAUGAUCCUCCUCAGAUCCAGGUCUGAAGAGGAUUCACUUCCUGUCCGGUCUCUGCAUGUUCCUCAUGAGGCAGAUGAUCAGCAGCUGGAGGAGGAGGAAGGAGGUUUGGAUGCAGCUGGAGGUGAUGGAGGUGCUGGAGGUGCUGGAGGUGAUGGAGGUGAUGGAGGUGAUGGAGGUGAUGGAGGUGAUGCUGCAGAGAACUUCGUCCCUUUAGACGACAUCAUGGAGCUGGACCAGGAACCAGAGGAGCACGUCAACAGACACCAGGCUCCGAGCGACGGGCGGAUGAUUCGAGAGCGCCGCCUGGUGGAGGCCGACCAGCGGCGGAGGGAGGAGGCGCCCCCUGCUGUGAACAUCUGGACGUUUCAUGAUCCGUAUGCUGUUCUCGGUGAAGAGAAACCGUUAAAACAAGAAAAAUGUUACAAGGUUCCGGACGGCCUCGACGAAAGAGGAAAGAGGAAACGAAGACGAGCGUCUCCACUUCAGGACUUCAGGAGCUGGUUCAGAGGAACCUUUGAUCCUCCGGAGCACAAACUAAAAAACGGACCCAAGUUUAUAGACCUGAACUACAUAUACGUGAAGACACUCAAAGACAAAGUGAAGACUCAGAGAAGAAUCUACAGACAAACUGGUGUGGUGGUUUCUGAUGUGGAGCUGCGGAGGACGUUCCUGCAGCUGGAGGAGGCGGGGCCAGAUCGGCAGGAGGAGGAGCCUGUGCACGGCUUCAGACACCCGGAGCUUCUGGGUGGAGACGACGACAACUCCGACAACGACCACGAAGCGUUUCCUGACGACCCCCCCGCCGAGCUGGAGGGCGGAGCCGACGAACUAGCAGCAGACGCUCUGAGGGACGAGUUGAGUUACGAAGACCUGGUGAAGCUCCGUGUGGAGCAGCUGGUGGUGAACUGUCGAGGUUACACUCAGGAGACGGCUCUGUCCCGACGAGUCAAAGCCUGGGAGGACAAGGUCCGGCCUGAACUGGACCUGCAGGAGGAUCGUCCCGUGUUUGACAUCCGGGACUACGGAGACCGGAUCGUCCGAGCGCUGGACGCCGUCGGUCACCACAGGACGUUCUCGUCUCUCGUCCACGGGCUGGACAACUUUGAAGCUUGUAAAUAUCUGCUGGCUUCACUGCAGCUGGCAAACGACUACACGGUGGACAUCCACAGCUCUGAAGGUCUGGACUCCAGUUUGGACUCGAUGGGUUUGACUCUGCUCAGCACUGACAGAGCGACGGACAGAUUCAAGUCCGACGGCUUCGGUCUGAAAUCAUCGGAGUGAGUUCACACUCGUCAUCGACUCACGACGUUUUAAUUCACCACGAACUCAAGCUUCACCUCGUUUCCUGAUUUUAAUCUGAACUCUGAAAAAUCUGUUAACGUGAUUCACGUGACGAAAACGACAUGAAUCAUGUGUGUGCUCUGAAUUCAAAUGUGCACAUAAAGUGUUUUACUGAUGAGAUUGAACCGGAGCUCUGUCGCUUCAGGUUUGAACUUUGUUUGUCAGAUACAAACUGUCAACAGGUGAUGAUUCAGUGGAUCAAAGCACGUAACGUUUUAUUUUCAUUCAUUCAUUAAUCUGGAUUUUUUUUGUUUUGUUUCUAGAACAGAAAACUUAUUAAAUCUCUGAAAAAACUGUA